AUGGUUGAUACCGCGGCAAUGGUCUUGAGAAAUGAAUGCGUACAUAAAAGUACGAAGCAUUGGGAUGAGAAAGGUUGGAGACAAGAUUCACCUCCAAAGGAAGUAGAAUACAAUGAAAACGGAGUAACUUCACUAUCGAAGAACCACGUUGACUCAUCUCUCUAG